AUGACAAGGGCAAUCCAGAAGCGGGUGAGCGGAUCCGUGAGAUUCAACAGAACAUGGGCGGAGUACAAGACAGGGUUUGGAAAUCCUAAGGACUCCUACUGGAUUGGGAAUGACGUAAUUCAUCAACUUACCAGGGGAAGGAACUCCUCCCUCUACGUCUCCAUCACACUGACUAAUGGGACAAAGCUCUAUGAAUUAUACAACCAGUUCUCUGUUGUUGAUGAAAUCAACAAAUACAGACUUUUUCUUGGAGGACCAGCCACCGGGACACUGGGUGACCGUAUCAUAGACACGGGGAAUUCUGUCACAAAUCUGUCCGGGAUGUCGUUCUCCACCCUGGACAGAGACAAUGACAGAGCUGGAUUUAACUGUGCUGUUUAUUUCGGAGGAGGAGGGGGCUGGUGGUAUAACUCCUGUCGCCACGCCAACCUCAACGGUCAAUGGUCCCCGGCAGUCUGGCUCGCACCAUGGUAUCCUACAGUCAUGUCUAGUGGGGAGAUAAAGGAGACUGUCAUGAUGAUAAAGCCUCACUGACUGUGUUAUAUCUUGUUUAUUGUAAAGUGUAUAUUGUAACUUGAUCACUUUAUGUAUUUGAUAAAUGUGUACCUGUGUAUUGACUAAAAAUGUAUUUUGAGAAUCAAAAAUUUAAUCUUUUUUAUAUAGUUGUGUAUAGUACAUGUGCAUUGAUUGAAAAACGUAUAUUGGAGAUUAACAUUUAAUUCUUUGUAUAUGUAUGGAAUAUUCAUGUACAUACAAAGUCCAAUACUUAUAUUACAUAACAAUGACUUU